UUUUAUCUUCCCUCUCACUCUCCCGUUCUAUCCCAACGAUCCAUCAGGAUUCGGCGAUCGAGAACCUGAGAUUAUUUCGGCGUUCGCGCGAGAGGCUUGAAGGGUUAUGUGGGGACUUUUAUCCUCCCUCCGACGGUCUCCCCUUCUCUCCCAACCAGGAUCUGGCGAUCGGACCGCCUUGAUAUGGAGAACAUGAGCUCUCUUUCGCGCGAGUGGCUUGAAAGGAUGGCGAGCCGGGCAGUCACAACCCUGGAGUCGGCCUUUUUCUUUGCGCCCCUGCAGCGGCGAUCCCGCUAUCAGCCUCGGCCACCUCCGGAAGACGAGAACGGCGACGUGGAGGGAUGUUUGAUAAUUAAAAAAUGUGCCAAUAUAUCAGUAUUCACUGGAUGGCAUGAUUACCGAACUUUCGGUCAUUUAUUAAUCCAGUCACUCAAAGGAGUUAGUUCUGUUGACAUGUGGAUCUUGUUUGCUCAUUCCCUAGUGGGUUUCUGAGAUGUUUUUGAGGGCGACACGCAAAAUUGGUCUUCUGCUCCUGUAAAGAGUCAUCUAGUUUCUUUUUCCCCUCCAUUUGUUGUCACGUGUCAUUUUUUACUUUCUUGUAGUGCUUUCUAAGAUGAGUAGUGUAAAAGUUACAUGGCUUUAUUUGUUAACACGGUUGCAAAUUAUACAACAUGUGAAUUUUC